AUGGCUGUUAGUCUUAUGGGCUAUUCUGUUUCUAAUGUAGUUUUUCUUAAGGGGGUUAUGGCAUUACCGGUUUUAACACGAAAUGAUAGUGGAACAAAGAAGUACAACAGAAUGCCUUUUAUGCCGUCAAAUGUAUCUGAUACUUCAACAGCUGUUUUAUCUACAAUACCUCCUUUAGAAUUGACUGACACUGAUGAUUUACUUCAAAAAGCCCUUAACACAUUUCAGUCUACUAAACCAGAUGCUGUAAAUGAUGUACAAUUAUUCGCUUGUCGUAAAUGUGUUGGCAAUGUUCUGGUUGUAUGAAUUUAUCAA